GAAGAAGAAGUAGAAGCAGAAGAAGGCCCUUAGAAAUUGUUUUGACCCGGAAGUGGUUAUCCGCGGGACGAUUACUCGAAAAUAUUUUCAAAGACAAUAGAACAUGUGUUUAUGAACAUUUUAUUUCUUCCGUUAAUCAUUUACAGAGAAAUGGCUUCUCCGAACCAUAAUCCCGGUGUAGCAGGGACAGUCACGGUGACGGCUUCGCCAGCUGGUAAAACACAGACUUUGGUGGUGGCUUCUAGCCCGGCCGGGCACCGCGGUAAGAAGCGACCUGCUAACACGGUCACCUCUCCUGCUCUACCGGCCAGUGGGAACAACAGCAAGAAGAAGAAGCAGCCCAUCGCAAACCAGACACAAGCGCAGGUAGUUUCCUCGCUGCAAGUUAGCUAGCUAGGAAGCUACUACAUACGCAGAGGAAUAAAUAAUAAUAAUAAUUGGUCAUUUAGCAGACGCUCUUAUCCAGAGCAAUUAUGGUUAAGUGCCUUGCUCAAGGGCACAUCGACAGAUUUUUCACCUAGUCGGCUCGGGGAUUAGAACCAGCGACCUUUCGGUUACUGGCACAACGCUCUUACCCACUAAGCUACCUGCCGCCCAUAGACAGGCCAAUGAAAAUGUUUCUGAUUUCGAUGAUACAGUACCAAAAAUUGAGUGGGCGUGGUAAGAGGUCCUCCCAUUACAAUAAAAUACAGUUAUAGUCACUUCACCACUUUUUAACCUCGUAUUUAACAUCUCCAGUUAAGUCCCAGUGAAAACUAUGAUCUACAUUCUGCAGUCAAAAUUAUAAUCAAUCUCUUUUGUUUUUCUAAACACCAAAGAUCACUCAAACUUGAAAAGUAGAGAGAUUACAUAAUGCUUGUAAUGCUGGCUGCACUUUAUCCAAACUGGUUGGUGUAACUAGUUAUGUAACAGCUGAGCUGUCCCCUGGGCCACGUUCAGUUGCCAAACAACGUUGCAGAUAGAAAUGCCACGAAUAGAGCCUACGUGAUUACUUAUUUUACAUGUCAGAGAGGCGUGUUGUAUAAACAUAGCAUAUUUCAAUCUAAACGUUACAAAACGUUGCGUCCUGCUAAACCACCCCUGUAGGUGGCUGCAGUGGAGGCGGUGUCUGAGGGGAAGGCAGUGGGCGUGUCUGACGCUGUAGCUCCAGCCACAACUGACCCUGCAGCCAAACCCCUGCCCUUCAAAGACCCCAUAUUUGUGGUGAGCAGACUGGGGGGAGCACUUGUGAAAUGAUAACUGGUUGAUAGAGCAUUUUCUGUCUUUCACUCACUUGUCUUCGCCUCACUCCUCUCUCUCCCCCCAUUUUUCUCUACAGCAUUCAGGGAUAGGGGGAGCUGCAGCAGGAAAAAAGAACCGAACCUGGAAAAACUUGAAACAGAUCCUGUCAGUGGAACGGACUCUACCCUGGAAGGUCAAUGACCCCAGUUGUGAGUGGGUCUGAUUUUGUGUGUGAAACAUGUUUUGGAUCAAUGUUUCUGCUUUGAAAGAUGUUUACAGUGAAAAUGAUUGCUCAUUUUGGGGAUUUUAACAGAAGGCUGUGUAACUAUAAGCUACUUCUUUGUGCAGUAUUACACCUGACCUGAUACUUUCUGAGCCUUCUCUGAUUGCCUGAGUUUGACCUUUGACCCUGCUGUGUUCAGACUACAGCAUCGAUGCCCCCCCCUCCCUGAAGCCAGCCAAGAAAUACUCAGACAUCUCUGGACUCCCUGUGAGUAACUGACACACACACACACACACACAUACAGACUGUUCUCCAGUCCUCACACAUGUUUAUGGACACCCUAUGAGCUAUUGUCAUUUUGUAUGUGUCAGCUGAACUAAACACACUCACUGCAUUAUGCAAUGUGUCCAUGUGUCAGGCCAAUUACACGGACCCCCAGACCAAGCUGAGGUUCACGUCAUCUGAGGAGUUCUCCUUCCUGCGCCUGCUCCCCACUGACGCCGUCACCGGUUACCUGGCGCUCCGCAAGGCCACCUGCAUUGUACCCUGACCGCAAGGCCUGCUGGGAGAUGGGAGUUCAGCCAGUGUCUGUCCUGGCCAGGGAGGGACAUUGACCAUUAGGGAGAACAACACAACACUGACCUUUGAUCAGUUUCCACUGUCUAGGAGGCGUCUGAGACUCUCGGGGAGAGGGACCAACAGGGACUGUUACAAAGAGAGGGAACUCACACUCUCACACAGACUGAAAACCAAUAGAGACCUUGGACCCCAUUUCAACAACAAGGAAGCGUCUGUAGUGUCAAGAGACUGUAUCACGCCCAAUCUGGCCGAUGUCAUGAUGGGGAUUUGAUGAACACAUUCAGUAGAUUGAAGACCUUUAGAGUUAUCUGCUGUCUACACAGACCUUUUGAGUUAGCUACUGUCUACAGGAAAAACAAACAAGUGAAUAACUUGACCCUCCUAUGAUGAUUGCUCCAUGAUCUGUCUGAAAUCAUCACGUUUCUAUGUGUUUCUCAUGUUGCUGUGUGAUGAUAGUGUUGCUACUUGUUUUAUCUGCCCUCUGUUAGAUAACACCACAACACUCAACAUAUUGUUACCUGUUUUUUUUAUUUAUUUAAAAAACAAAAUACUUAUUAUCCUUACUCAAUAAACUAGUUGUGGCACAUUCUGUAAUCACUCUGUACUACCACCUGCUGUAAGGAU